AUGCCUCGCACUGAGCUUUUGCUAACUACAAUCAGGCUUGAGUCUGGUUUCUCAGCACGUGUUGGGCAUCCUCAACCAGAGCAUUUUGGCCUUGAGAAGCGACAAUUCAGGCAGCACAGAGCCAGGGUCAACUGGAUCGUCACCCUGGCUCAAGCAACUGACCUUAUCUUGAAUGUCUUUGUGCAAACCGAUUCGAACGGAGGUGUCUCUAUUGUUCCAGAGCAAGUGGAUCUAGGUUGGAUUCUGAGUACUCGCCAGCCAACUGGCGGUACCAACGAAUAUGCCUCUGUUCUGAGCAUUGUUCGACCUUGGGGAAGGGCUUCUGCCCAGGUCUUCUGGAAUGCGCAAACUGGGUCCUGGGUUGGUGUUGUCACAGGUAGCCUGGCAGCGAAGCCGGCUUCUCUUUGGCGUGCCUUGUCGAGUUUGGGGAUUCGUAGUAUCUUCGCAGUCAGCGCCGCUAUCGUUGAAUGGGAGUGGGAGGGCGCGACGCGUUGCUUAGCCACUCCAGAUCCGGACAAUGUUCCGAUACGAUUUACAAUACAUAUCGAUUCGACCCAUGACCAGCAUCGCGCUCACUUCGAGAUAAUCAUUCCUGUCAAAUUCAAAGACAAGCCAAGUAGUGCGGCGGUUCUCUUACGAAUCAGCCCUUUAUUCAUCACUUGUUUCCGCUUUUCUACAAACAUUGACCCUUCGGACUCUAUAAAAAAGCAGCGAUUUGACUCUGCCGCAUGUCUCGAGUUUGAACUCGGCAACACUGUCGCUGUACUCGUCCCCAGCUAUGUCAAAGAGCCAAUAUCAGCCUCCCGGCCACGCUCUGGCAAGGUUCUGGACUCUCUCUACGAGCUAUCCCGUGUCACUACUCUGCGAAUAUAUAUCCAAGAUUCUCUAUUGUCCCUCGACCAACUCAGUUCCAUCAGCGACAGAGUAACAAAAGGUCAGCUGGAGCCUUUUUCUGGCCCUGAAUAUGAUAUUUCGCGCAUGUUCAGUGGCAGCGGAGCAAAAGCUACGAAACUCGCACCACCCAAGCCACCAUCAUACGAGAAGGCGACGAGCUCACAACCGCCGAGCGCUCCCUCGUAUCAACGUAAACGACCUCGACAGGACAGUCCCCAAGGGCCCGAUAGCAUCAGCCAAGUCUGGGACAAGCUACAGAAGCUAGAGUCGUUGUUUCACAGUAAGGUUGGAGAGCUAACAGCUGAGAAUGCUAAGCUCCGAGACCAGAAGCUAAAGCCUGACGAGUCGCAAGCUGAGACUACCCAGCCUACAGACCAGUCACAGGUGAUUAUAGAGCUGAGAGCUGAGAACGCUCGGCUUCGUGAAGAGGUAGAGCGUUUGAAGAACAGGCAGGAGGAUCUUGAGGCAGAGGUCGCAUCACUACAAACCGCGCAAAGAAGCGAGAAGGAUACAGAGGAGGUUGCAAUAAUAGAAAUUCGAGACGACAUUGAGUCACUGGAGCGUAGAUUGUCUUGGGUCGAGAAUGGAAAAGACGAAUACUUCAUGAAGCAAAUAAAGCAAGAAAUCUUUGACGAGUUAGCGACGCGUGUUUUGGGUGGGUAG